GCCCGAGUGCAGCCCCUCCUCCGCUCCCUGAGGAGGCGGUCGGGUUCUCUCAGUUCUAUCCGAGGGGAGGCUCGGGAUGCGGCAUGAACUCCCCCAACGGCUCCUCCUCCUCCUCCUCCUCGUCGCCGUUGCCGCUCUCUCUCCGCCGAUGCCGUGAAGCCGCCUCGGAGCUGGCCGUCAUGCUCCGCGCCGCCUUAGGCCCCGGCGCCGCCCGGCUCUUCUACUACCCGACCCUCCUCUACACUCUGGUCAGGGAGAGAGUGCCCGGGUCACAGCGGCCCUGGUUCAGCCGCAUCGACCACGCCGUCCUCCUCGGGGCCCUGCCUCUCAGGGGACGCUGCCGGCAGCUGGUAGACGAGGAAAACGUCCGGGGAGUGCUCACCAUGAACGAGGAGUACGAGACCCGGUUCCUGUGUUGUUCCCCCCAGGAAUGGGAGGCCAUGGGAGUGGAGCAGCUGCGCCUGAGUACGGUGGACCUGACCGGAGUGCCCUCCUUGGAGAACCUACACAAAGGUGUCGAGUUCGUCCUCAAGCACCGUGAGCGCGGGAACUGCGUCUAUGUGCACUGCAAAGCCGGACGCUUCCGCAGUGCCACCAUGGUGGCGGCAUAUUUAAUCCAGGUUCACCAGUGGACCCCUCAAGAAGCAAUAGAAGCCAUUGCUAAGAUCCGUCCUCAUAUCAUCGUCCGCACUAAACAAGUUCAGUUGCUAGAGGACUUUCAUAAGUGUGUAACUGAUGGAACUCCUACAUCAUCACAAGAAAAACUACUAGAUGGAGAGCAUGAACCAGCAAAGCAGAUUCAAAACAACCGUCUGAAAACACCUGGUUCUUAAAAUAUUACUUAGGAAUGGACUACAGUUGCCUCAGCUACGAAACAGGAAGCUUCUGCAGCAUUAGAACAAAAGAAUUUUAAUACUUCCCAGCUUUACCACCAGUAGUUGGGCAUAUUUUGCCUCUACUGUACAGUUAUCUCUGCUGCUCACUGUUUCAAAGUACAUGAAUGGGACCACUUGUCAGUGCUUCUGACUCAAAUACAAGCAAUGAUUAAACCACUCCAUUGUUCCA